AUGGCUAUUAAUUCUGUCCCACUGGCAGCUUCUUCUCUUCUUCUACUGCUGCUGAUUCUCUGUUCAUGCAGCGGUUCAUUUGGAAACCAAGACCCCGUGAAUUCUGACCUGAAAGUUCCCGUGCCGGAGUUCAUAAAUACCGUGAAGGGGAUGCUCAAAGUCGUCCAAAGUGUUACCUCCACGGUAUUGAAAUUCAGCCGCGGAUUUGGGAAUUCCCGGCUGUCCAAUGCAAUCUCCGACUGCCUUGAUAUGCUUGAUCUCUCGUCCGAGGAGCUAAGCUGGACCCUAUCCGCUUGUCAGAAUGGCAGUCAAGGUGAGGGCGGCACUGGAAAUCAAGGUUUGGAUAUGAAGACAUGGCUUAGUGGAGCCCUGGUGAAUCUGGAUACGUGCAUUGAUGGAUUUGAAGGCACCAAUAGCUUUGUCCAAAAGGUGGUCGCAGGGGGGCUCAGCAAAAUCUCGACCCUAGUCCUUAACAGCCUCCACCAAAUUCAGGAUAAAAUUCCUAAUAAUAUUGGUGCAAGUGUCGUGGUGAUCGGGAACCGCCAAUUUCCUCCGUGGUUAAAUGGAACAGACAAGGGACAUCUAGAGACUAACCGGCUGCCGAUUGACGUCGUGGUGGCAAUAGACGGCUCCGGGAAGUUCACUAAGAUUGUGGAUGCAAUAGCCGCCGCACCUGAACUCAGCACGAAGCGGUAUGUGAUCCAGGUGAAAAAGGGAGUGUAUAAUGAGUACGUGGAGAUUAGUAAGAAGAAAUGGAAUAUCAUGAUGAUAGGAGAAGGGAUGGAUAACACCAUUAUUACAGGUAACCACAGUUACAAAGGCGGUUGGACAACCUAUCGAUCUGCCACAUUCGGUGUGAAAGGGAAAGGAUUCAUAGCAAGAGACAUCACCUUUGAAAACACUGCCGGUCCUGAAAUGCACCAAGCCGUCGCAUUCAGGUCCGACUCCGACUUAUCAGUUCUACACCGAUGCGGCUUUAGGGGCUACCAGGACACCCUCUACGCCCACUCCAUGCGCCAAUUCUAUAGCGAGUGCAGAAUUUCGGGCACGGUGGAUUUCAUCUUCGGCGACGGAACGGUCGUCUUCCAGAACUGCCAGAUUCUGGCCCGGAAAGGCCUGCCCGGCCAAAAGAACGUGGUAACUGCUCAAGGCAGGAAGGACCCGGUCGAGCCGAGCGGGUUCUCCAUCCAAUUCUGCAACAUUACGGCGGAACCCGACGUGCUGGCGUCCCUUAACACCACGACUACAUAUUUGGGGCGACCCUGGAAAUUGUACUCGAGGACGAUAUUCAUGCAAUCCUACAUAGGCAUAGCGAUAAAGGCAGAGGGGUGGCUGGAGUGGGAUGGGAAUUUCGCCCUGGACACGCUUUGGUACGGAGAGUACAUGAAUCAUGGGCCAUCCUCGGGUCUGCAAGGCCGCAUCAAGUGGCCUGGAUUUCACCCCGUGAUAGAUUCUUCCCAGGCAACUAAUUUCACGGUGGGGAAAUUCAUUUCGGGUGACACUUGGUUGCCUUCUACCGGCAUCAACUACAAAGCCGGACUCUAA